AUGGACGUCCUGAGCACUGUACAGCUCCAGCAGCAGCACCAGCUGCCUAUCAAGGAUCUAAAGGAGGGGGAAUCGUAUGUUUUCCGUGUGCGCGCUCAGAACAAAGCCGGUGUAGGAAAAGCAUCAGAUCCAACAGAACCAGUUGAGGCAGUGACUAAACCAGGAACUACCGAGAUAGUUGUGAAUGUUGACGAUGACGGCGUCAUUUCACUGAAUUUUGAGUGCUCUAACCUCACCGCUGACUCCAAAUUCGUCUGGUCCAAGAACUACAUGGAAAUGACAGAACCUGAACGCAUGACCUUAGAGACCAAGGGUAACAA